CUGGGCCGUAUCUCGCAAAGUAUCUCCAACGAAAAGAUAUGCAGUCCGGAUUUUCCUCGUCUUCCAGAGUCUAAAGCACAUCAUUUUUAUGUCACUUUCAACCUCACGUUGCUCUCUCCUUCAGCUCCGAAGCUGCAGUGAUCUACACGAAGAUGCCGUGGCUACAGACGCAAACCUACGAAGGCUUCACAGAGAAAAUGUCUGAAAUUGAUACAGGCCGAUCUGCUGAUCUAACCAUAAAUGUGUGGCCAACGGCAACAAACUGCAUAGACUGGUCACAGGAUGCAGAUAUUGUCGUUGCCGCCGGCGAUGACGUACAGCUGCUGAUCCCAAAAUUGAAGACCAUGGAUGAUGCGCCGACUGCUAUGUGGGAGCUCAUUCGUCUACGGGUGAACGCAUUUUCGGACGCAGAACUCGAGCAGCAGGAUCCUAUCUCGUCCAGAUCUGCUUCCAUUGGCGAGGAGAUCUCGACCGCAGAAGCAGUAGCAGUGAAAUGGACGCCUCCUGGAAUUGCAAAGCAUGGGCGCUGCGGCCUGUUUGUUCACACGCAAAAUCUGCUGCUGAGCAUAUGGGCUCCGGAAAAUCGACCGAAGUCGCCGCAGGACUGGAAACGUCGCACGAUCGUGAACAGAGAACUGCAGAGACAUUACGAGCGGAUCUAUCCAAAGGAGAAGCAAAAGCCGGGGCAGCCACGCAGCGAAAGACUAAAGGAGCUAAUUCGUGUGCGUGCCUUUGGGUUAAGCAAGCAUGACGGAACAAACAAGCACCCUGCUCUUGCACACCAUCUCGAAAACGUCUGCUACAUCGCGACGUCUAACGACAACAACGAUGUUGUCAUAUUGAGAUGCUUCAGAGGCGACGAGGAGGAUGGAGGCAUUCAACUCAAAGCCGAAGCGCACUUUUCAAUCACAGGAGAGAAUCCAACACAGUCGAACCUGACGUGGACUUUCGAAGACUACAUGGUCAAGUCUCGAUUCGUGCAGCAUCUCUCAUGGAGCCCUUGGAUAAGAACUCGGGACGGAGGUUUGAAAAGUCUUUUGGCUUGUGGAACCCGUUCCAAGUUGUGCUUCAAGUGUGUGCAUCUGCUCUUCCUGAAUGGCGAGCCAAAGAUUGAGAUAGAGGACUUUGAGGGUUCGGUAAAUCUGGAAACUCCUUGGACUUCAGACGUGAUUCUAGAUUGGCUAUCCGAAUCCAAUGAAGAAGAAUAUGGCAAGUUACUUGCGUAUACAGCCGACGAGGUUAUGCUUUUCACCAUCGAUAUGCUUGGAGAUGCUAUAAUAAGGCACGCCAAGUACGAGAGAAAAGAAUGGGGUCAGGUUGCCGGCGCCUUGUUUUUACUAGACAGCAAUCGUGGAAAAACAUUUGCUCAGUUUCUACGUCAUAUGUCGAUAUCUGACAAUAUCCUCACUUGCUUGGAGCUUGAUGACCUGUCGCCGACCGACGUUCACAACAGUGGCUUAAUAGACGCUGUCAAACACAAUCGAAAAAUCUACGAUUCGAAGUUUGGUACACAUGGAGAUGUACUUGUUCGAAUAUGGGGACUCGCGGGCUCUCCAUUGCAUGAUCUGGCUGUUCUUAGUGCGACUUUCCACCCUAGCAACUCGCCAGAAUAUAUCAUUCCUGCCGACAUGAGCUCUCGUGUUAUAUUCCAAAGCACAGGCAGAGAUGACUUUAUGACACAGGCCAUUCAGCAGAGCGCGAGCUCUGAAGCCAUUGCAUUCAGCGCGAAGUGGAUAACCAAGGACCUCAAGACGCAGCCUGAAAAGAACAAGGCUACUUGGGCGCUGCUCGAUCAGAUCGACAAAGCAAUGGCAGCAAUCACAAUUCACGAGCCAGACCCUGCGACCUCAAGCUUUAAAGAUUUGCUCUACACAUCGAACUCGCUCACAAGGUUGCGAUACGAGCGCAUUCUGUCACUUGUCACGGGCCACAACGACGCAGCCGCUGAGAUGGAGAAGCAAGUCCUGGAGCACCUCGCAAUCAAGGUCCUUCAAGUACCUCCCUCACGAUACACGGAUUCAAAGCACAGUCGAUUAGUGCUUUCCAAUUUGCGACGGAUCCUUGUCAAGCUCAACCUAAGCACCGACAAGGCGCACGACGAAGCAUGCGAAAAGUGCGACAUCUGCAUGUCGAGCAUCAAUUUUGACGAGUACGCUUUUGCGCAAUGUAACAAGGGACACAAGUUUCGUCGCUGCGCCCUCACAUUUCUCGCUAUUCAGGCACCGCGCAUCUCGAAGUCAUGCGGGAUAUGCGGCAAACAGUAUCUACGGUCAUCUCACGUGGAGAAUCAGAAUCCGGCUGCCGUCAGGGGCGACGACGUCGAUAUGAUAGAUGCAAGCGCUGAUGCGAGCGCGCCGACGAUCCCUCUAACAGAGCUGCUGUUAACGGCAUGCAUUAGAUGCAUCUAUUGUGGUGGGAAGUUUGUAGGAUGAUAUUGUACGGCUACGCGGGCGCGGUGUUGUUUUCUGAGCAAUUGACGACCAACAACAGCCUAAAGUCCCCUUACGACGAAAAGAAAAUCGAGUGGCAUUCUCUUAUUCGAUACCCUUAUUACAUGAAAUAUUGACAACGUGAAAAUUGAUCAGCGCUGCAUAUCUAUACCAGGAGUGCUACGCACAAUUUAACCAGUUAGAAUGCUUUCUAGGCCUGCAUUUUGCCA